AUGUCUAUUUCAUAUGUUGAUGAUAUAUCUGAUGGUCAAGGGAUAUUUAUCUUUGUCAAAAUACUUAGAAGAUGGAAAGGAAGUUUGUACAAAUUGGUAUGGGUCGACUUAUUAAUCUACAUCUCAGCUUAUUAUGUUUUAAAUCUAUCUUAUCGGUUUGCAAUGAAUGACAAGCAAAAAGUAAUUUUUGAAGAAAUUGUUGAAUUCUGUGUUCGAACUAAAGGUGAUAUACCUAUAUCAUUUUUAUUGGGAUUUUUUGUAUCUGGUAUAAUAUCACGUUGGUAUCAAAUGUAUUUAUAUAUACCAUGGAUGAAUCAAAUUGCACUUCAAAUUGCUUCAUCUAUCAAUGCAAAAAAUGAAGAAGGUUCACGUAAAAUUCGUUUAACUAUUAUGCGUUAUAUGAAUUUAGCCUGGGUAUUAAUGAUGAAACGUAUCUCAGAUCAAAUUGCAUGUCGUUUUAUUAAAAAUGAUGAUAUUGGUAGUUUACCAAGUGCAUUAGGUCCUGUAUUACCUAAACGUAAAUCAACAAAUCAUAAACAUUUAAUAAGUAGAAAUACAUGUCAACCAUGGUCAAUUGAUGCAAGUGAAGUAGUACGUACAUCACCAUCAAAAUCAAUAUUACAACAACAAUUAUCUCAAUCACAAUAUCCAAUACAAACUAAAUUAGAUAGUCCAUUAAAUAAUAUAUUUGUUCAACCACAAACACCUAAUUCUUCAGAUGUUCAUACACCAUUAGCACCAUUAGCUACAGAUGAAGAAUGUGGUGCAUUACCUGAUGCAUUUGAAGCAGCUGAUGUUGUAGAAUUAAGAGAAAUGUUAAGAGCAUUUAAUCAAGAUCAAAAAGUGAAAAGUUCAUUUGGUGUAUUAAUUACUGAAAAAGAAAUUUCAUCAUUUGAACGUAUAGCAGCUGAUUGGUUUCGACGUACAAAAACUAAUUAUACACCAGAAUAUUGGGUACCUAUACAAUGGGCUCAAAGAUUAACAUUAAAAGCAUUACAAAGUGGUUAUAUUGAUGAUCCUAAAGUAGCAUUUUAUACUGUUGAAAAUAUUGGUAGAGUUAGACAAAGUAUGCAGAAUUUACAAGUAUACAGUAGUAUUAUGAUUCCAUUAGUGUAUACUCAAGUUGUAAUUAUAGCAGUUUAUAGUUAUUUUAUGUGUCAAAUAUUUGCUUGUCAAUUUGUUGAACAUCGUAAUCAAAAUGGUCAACAUAAUGUGGAUUUAUAUGUCCCAAUUUUUAGUAUCUUCUCUUUCUUAUUCCUUAUGGGUUGGUUAAAGGUAGCUUUAUGUGUUAUGAAUCCAUUCGGUGAUGAUGAUGAAGAUUUUCAAACAUCAAAAAUUUUAGAUUAUAAUUUAGAUGUUAGUUAUCGAUCUGUAUUUAUGGAUCCUGAUGCAUUUCCAGAAAAUCUAUCAGCUCCAUCAGGAAAUAAACGAUCUGAUGAUAAUGAAUCAGAUGAUUUACAAAAAUUUUUAGAUCAAGUUGAUCAUGAAAUUGAAGAAGUUAGAAAUAAAGGAUUAUUAAAUGAUGUAUCUAACUUGGAAAUGCAUCCAUCAUUUUGUGAACGUGCAAGAAAUUUAUGUUGCUGUGAGAAAAAGAAACCACCACCACCUGCAAUUAUGGUUACAAACGUAGAUUACGAAAGAUAUUAUGACAUACCAAUGAAACCAAGUCAUCUCCAUCCAAGUGUUAAAAAAUGGACAUGGCUUAGAAGUUAAUUAAUACUAUUUUCUUUCUAAACUAAACUCAAUUCACAUUUCAAUUUACAAAAACCAAAAUUCAAAAAAUUGAAUACAGAACAAAUAUAACAUAAGUAUGUAUAACCUAAUGCUAAAUAUUUGCUUUAUUUUUUUUAGACUACUUAUAUUCUUAUUCAGUAGUCUGCUAUGAUAAUCAACAUUUUAUUUUGAAAAGCUUUGAUAUCUACUUUCUUAAUUAAUAUUUAUUUAUACAUAUC